AUGUCCAAUCCAUUAGCAGUUGUUGAUAUUAGUAAACCAGAACAAGAAAUUACCCAGCAUUUAUUAGAUGCAGCAAGAAAUCAAGGUUUCUUAUACAUUGAUGGGCAUGGUAUACCAAAAACUCAAGUUGAAAAAUUAUUUAAAAUCUCCGAAGAUUUUUUCACAAACACUCCUGAAGAGGAAAAAUUAAAAUAUUCGAUCAAUCCAAAAACUAAUAUUGGGUACAGCCAUUUCAAAUCUGAAAAUUUGGAUUUGCAAAAAAUUAAAGAUUUUAAAGAGGCAUAUAACUUUGGGUAUAUUGAUUUUGAAUCCGGCAACUUUAAUCAAUCAAAAUCUCAAUACUAUAAGGACAAAAAUAUUUUCGAAGAAAUUACGAAUCCAACACCACAAUUGUUCCAAAAUCCUAGUAAUUCAAAUAUUUUAUCUGACACAAUGGUUAGAUUACACCGAGUUGCUCGUGUAAUUAUGAGACUAAUUGCCGCAUCUUUAAAUAUUGAAAACAAAAACUUCUUCACAGAAAAAUUGAGACCUAAAGAACCUAAUGGUAGUACUUUAAGAUUGUUGCAUUACCCGUUGAUUAGAACCGAUCUUGACGGUGCAGAUUCACUUGAUGAAGAAACCCUAUCUAUUAGGGCAGGUGCACAUACAGAUUAUGGUGCAUUAGCUAUGUUGUUUCAAAAACAAGGUCAACAAGGAUUGCAAUUACAAUUAAACGGGAACAACCCAGCAGAAUGGACCAAUGUUCCAUAUAUUGAAACAAGUCAUGAAGGUAUGGCAGCACCAUUGGUAAUUAAUUUUGGUGACUUGUUAAAUUUCUGGACUCAAGGUAUCUUAAAAAGCACUGUUCAUAGAGUUAAAUUUAAAGCAGGUGAAAAUAGGAAUAGCGAUCGUUAUAGCAUUGUCUUUUUUGUUCAUCCCGAAUUUGACACUCUUUUGGAACCUGUUCCUAGUGAUAUUGUCAAAAAAGCUAGCAACGGAAAAAGUAUUCCCCAAAUGACAGCAUUAGAACAUUUGCAAAAAAGAUUGAAGGAGACAUAUAAUUGGUGA